CCGGAAGACACUUUUUCUAGAGGAACCACUCAAAUUCCUGUCGCUCUUCAAACUCCCUCCGUCGUGGACAUGGCUCUGCCGCCCUUCUUCGCCCCGGGUCGCCCAGGCCCGCCGCCUCCGCCUCCCGCUCCCUUCGGCUGUCCGCCACCGCCGCUGCCCUCCCCGGCUUUCCCGCCGCCUCUUCCGCAGCGGCCCGGCCCCUUUCCGGGGGCCUCCGCCCCCUUCCUCCAGCCCCCGCUGGCUCUGCAGCCCCGGGCCCCCGGGGAAGCCUCUCGCGGCGGCGGCGGUAGCGGUGGUGGCGUCUUCUACCCGGUGCCGCCCCCCCCCCCGCCGCCCCAGUGCCGGCCCUUCCCGGGAACCGACGGUGGCGAGCGGUCACGGCCGCCGCCGCCAGGCCCGGGGCCGCCCUGGAGCCCACAAAAAAAAAAAACGCCGUCCGACGUACUCGGGGACGCGGCCCUGCAGCGCCUGCGCGACCGGCAGUGGCUAGAGGCGGUGUUCGGAACCCCGCGGCGGGCCGGCUGCCCGGUGCCUCCGCGCGCGCCCGCCGGGCCCAGCCUGGGCGAAGUGCGCGCGCGGUUGCGCGGGGCUCUGCGCCUGGUGCGGCGGCUGGGGUUUUUUUUCCUGCGCGAGGCCGAGGCCGAGGCCGAGGCCGAUGGCGCCGCCUGGGUACUGCUGCAUGCCCAGGCCGCGCCGCUGCGCGCCCAACUGGCCGAAAGACUACAGCUGCUGACCCAGGCCGCUUAUGUGGGUGAGGCGCGGCGGAGGUUGGAGAGGGUCCGGCGCCGCCGGCUGCGGCUUCGCGAGAGGGCCCGGGAACGCGAAGCUGAGCGGGAGGCUGAGGCCGCGCGAGCAGCGGAGCGCGAGCAGGAGAUUGACCUUUGGAGAGUCAAGUGCGUGCAGGAGGUGGAGGAGAAGAAGCGGGAGCAGGAACUUAAAGCUGCUGCUGAUGGUGUCUUAUCUGAAGUGAGGAAAAAGCAAGCAGACACCAAAAGAAUGGUGGACAUUCUUCGGGCCUUGGAGAAAUUGAGGAAACUCAGGAAAGAGGCAGCAGCAAGGAAAGGGGUCUGCCCUCCAGCCUCAGCAGAUGAGACUUUGGAGCACCAUCUUCAGAGACUAAGAAAACUCAUCAGAAAACGCUCUGAAUUAUACGAAGCUGAAGAGAGAGCCCUCAGAGUCAUGUUGGAAGGAGAACAAGAAGAAGAGAGGAAAAGAGAACUAGAAAAGAAACAGAGGAAAGAAAAAGAGAAAAUUUUACUUCAGCAGCGUGAAAUUGAGUCCAAGUUAUUUGGGGAUCCAGCUGAGUUCCCACUCGCUCACCUCUUGCAACCCUUCCGACAGUAUUACCUCCAAGCCGAGCACUCCCUUCCAGCACUCAUCCAGAUAAGGCAUGAUUGGGAUCAGUACCUGGUGCCAUCUGAUCAUCCCAAAGGCAACUCCGUUCCCCAAGGAUGGGUCCUUCCCCCGCUCCCCAGCAGCGACAUCUGGGCAACGGCCGUUAAGCUGCAUUAGUAAGAUGCUCCAGGACUGUGGUCCGGCCAAGGCUCUUUCCAGCUGGAAAUACUAGUGAUGCCACCGUCUUCUUGUGCUGUAGACUAAACCACAACCUCUAAACUCCGUGUGGCAUUGUCUUACCCAGAGUUGCGUUUUUCUUGCGUGCUCUGUCUUGGCCAGAGAUGCCUCUUGAAUCAGAUUAAUAUGGUUCUUCGGGAAAGGACCUAGGUGAACUGCGGUUUUUACCACAGGCAGUGGCCUUGGUUCACCAAAUUUGCCUCUGUUUUGAAGGGGCUUGGUCCAGAGUGACUUGUUAAUUUACUCUUAACUGCCUUGUGUGGUGAUGG